GAACCGCCGCCUCUGGGGAUGGACGGUCAGACUCUGCGAAAGGCUGAGAGAAGCCGGUCCUGCUCACGAGAGAAAAAGGAGGGCAAUAAGACACAGGGCAGGAUUAGAAGCAGUGCAGCAGAGGAAUUGAGCCUGCGAACCCUGGAACCAAACAGCCUGGAUUCCUAGGCUAGCUCUACCACUCAGGGUUACGCUAAGGACAUGGUGACAGACUUUGAUGAGAAACAUGAUGAGUAUUUAAUAUUGCUUCAGCAGAGGAACCGGAUAUUAAAGCAUUUGAAAAGCAAGGACCCCGUGCAAUUGAGGCUGGAGCACUUGGAGCAAGGUUUCUCUGUCUAUGUCAACGGUGCCAAUUCGGAGCUGAAAUCGUCACCGCGGAAAGCCAUUCACUCUGACUUCUCCAGAAGUGCCUCCCACACGGAGGGGACACACGAUUAUGGACGAAGAACUCUGUUUCGAGAAGCUGAAGAAGGCUUAAGACGCGGUUCACGGACAGCCCCCAGUAAAGUCCAGCGCCGAGGAUGGCACCAGAAAUCUGUGCAGAUCAGAACAGAAGCUGGCCCGCGGCUCCACAUCGAACCUCCUGUGGACUAUUCUGAUGAUUUUGAGCUGUGUGGGGAUGUGACUGUCCAGGCAAACAACACUUCUGAGGAUCGUCCGCAGGAUACCAAAUCUCCCACCAGCAGCAAGCCCUGUGGUUUUAACAUCUCCCUUCUGAAUGCAUGUGGACAUUCUGACCCUUCAAGCAGCGUGGACAAAGAAAGGAUCCUCUUAACUAUUCAGGAUGUGAUGGAGCUGAGAAAAAGCCUGGAACUUAGUGUAAAUCUACAAAGGAAACAAAAGGAUUGUUCCAGCGAUGAGUAUGACUCUAUCGAGGAAGACAUACUCUCCGAGCCUGAGCCAGAGGACCCGGCGCUGGUGGGCCAUCCCAGAGAUGACCGCCCUCCUUCCAGUGGGGUUUCAACACAGAAAGAUGUUCCCGGGGAACAGGAGACAGAAGGACGCUCUGCCCUGGGCCCAGACACCCUCGUGGUGCUGGAAUUUAACCCAGCUUCCAAAAGUCAUAAAAGGGAAAGGAAUUUGUCUGCAAAGCGGAAGGACAAUGCUGAGGUUUUCAUUCCCACCAAAUCUGAGCCAAACCUGACUCCCCAAGCCCCUGCUGUGCUCCCAGACCAGGAGAGGAUAUGCUCCGGACCUGGAAGCCGGCGAGAGAGACCCCUGUCUGCAACCCGCAAAACUCUUUGCGAGGCUGAGGACCCAGAGGAAGAAGCCUCUGCUGUGCUCCGAGCCAUCCAGGUGGAGAACGCGGCCCUGCAGAGGGCGCCCCUCAGCAGAAAGGCUGAGCAGCCGGCCAGCCCACUGCAGGAUGCAGAGGGACCACCAGCAAAACCAUGGACCAGUCUGCUGGAGGAGAAGGAAGAGACCCCUGAGUUGCUUCCCAUCACCACGGCGACCACCACUCAGGAGCCGGCCGGGGCAGCAGGGGGAGCCAGAGCCAUCAACCAGGCCAUGGACAGAAUUGGACUUCUGGGAAGCAGACAACAGCAGAAGCUUCUGAAAGUCCUCCAGGCCGUCGAAAGUGACUCUGCCCAUCUCGGCAGGGUGGUUUCACCAACCAAGGAGCAAGUAUCAGACGCAGAGGACAAACAGAGAACAAGGGCAGACGAGAUCAAAGAUGCCAUCUACGUGACCAUGGAGAUCCUGUCCAACUGGGGCAACUCGUGGUGGGUGGGUCUCACAGAAGUCGAGUUCUUUGACCUGAAUGACACAAAGCUUUAUGUGUCCCCCCACGACGUGGAUAUCCGGAACACAGCCACACCUGGGGAGCUGGGCCGCCUCGUCAACAGGAACUUAGCUGACGAGAAAGACUCCUCCCCGUGGACCUGCCCCUUCCGCCCGCCUCUCCAGCUGUUUUUUGUUAUUCGAAACACAAGACAGCUGGGGGACUUCAGUCUGGCCAAGAUCAAGGUUCAGAAUUACUGGACUGCUGAUGGCGAUCUUGACAUUGGUGCCAAGAACGUGAAGCUUUACGUCAACAGAAACCUUAUCUUCAAUGGCAAGUUAGACAAAGGAGACAGGGAGGCCCCAGCUGACCACAGCAUCCUGGUUGACCAGAAGAACGAGAAGAGCGAGCGACUGGAGAACACCAUGAACAUUCACUCGGAAGAAAGCAGAGGCGCCCACGAGAUGGCUGGCGCCAGCGGGGACAAGGAGCUCGGUCUCGGUUGCCCACAGCCAGCUGAAACAUUAGUGGAUGCAAAGCUAUCUUCACAAGGAGAUGUGUCUGGCGAAAGGAAGAAUUCAACUAAUUGCGGGAAAGACAGUUUGUCCCAGUUAGAGGAAUAUUUGAGACUGUCGGCAGCCCCCGCUUUGAUAGGUGACAUGCCCAGUGCUCCUGCCACCUCCCCACCUGUCAGGUGCCCUCCUGUCCACGAGGAGCCCUCUCUCAUCCAACAACUGGAAAACCUCAUGGGCAGAAAAAUCUGUGAGCCACCCGGCAAAACCCCGUCCUGGUUACAACCUUCUCCCACCGGGAAGGACAGGAAGCAGGAAGGCAGGAAGUCAAAACCCCUCUGGCUUAGUCCCGAGAAGCCACUGGCCUGGAAAGGCAGGCUCCCGUCAGACGAUGUCAUCGGUGAGGGUCCCAGAGAGACCGAGGCUGGGGAUAAAGGCCCCCGGCGUGAGCCAGGGCGGGGGACCAGCCGGAGUGCCAACACCAAGGAGAGACCCCAGAGGACAACCCCCAAAGUCCACAGUGAUGACUCAGACAUCUUUAACCAGCCCCCCAACAGAGAGCGCCCUGCUAGUGGGAGGAGGGGCUCAAGGAAGGAUGCUGGCAGCAGUAGUCAUGGGGACGAACAGUCAGCCAGCAGAGAAGACACCUGGUCUUCCAGGACGCCGUCACGGUCAAGGUGGCGCAGUGAGCAGGAGCACACACUUCACGAGUCAUGGAGCUCUCUCAGUGCCUUCGACCGCUCCCACCGGGGACGCAUCUCCAACACGGAGCUCCCGGGGGACAUCCUGGAUGAGCUCCUGCAGCAAAAGAGCAGCCGGCACAGCGACUUGCCCCCCUCCAAGAAGGGGGAGCAACCAGGGCCAUCCAGAGAGCAGGAUGGCUACACUGGAGAGACAGACGCUGGGGGCGACUUUAAAAUCCCCGUUUUGCCUUAUGGACAGCGCUUGGUCAUUGACAUCAAGUCUACCUGGGGGGACAGACACUAUGUCGGCCUCAACGGAAUAGAAAUAUUCAGUUCCAAGGGUGAACCGGUGCAGAUUUCAAACAUAAAAGCAGACCCUCCCGAUAUCAAUAUUUUACCAGCCUAUGGGAAAGACCCCCGCGUGGUCACCAACCUCAUCGACGGGGUGAACAGGACCCAGGACGACAUGCACGUCUGGCUGGCCCCCUUCACGCCAGGCAAAUCCCACUCCAUCACCAUUGACUUCACGCACCCUUGCCACGUUGCCCUGAUCAGAAUUUGGAACUACAAUAAAUCUCGGAUACAUUCCUUCCGAGGCGUGAAAGACAUCACGAUGCUGUUAGACACCCAGUGCAUCUUUGAAGGAGAAAUCGCCAAGGCCUCUGGAACCCUGGCGGGAGCCCCAGAGCACUUUGGAGACACGAUCUUAUUCACGACUGAUGAUGACAUUCUCGAGGCCAUAUUCUAUUCCGAUGAGAUGUUUGACCUGGAUGUGGGGAGCCUGGACAGCCUGCAGGAUGAGGAGGCACUGAGGAGGCCCAGCACGGCCGACGGCGAGGGGGAUGAGCGGCCCUUCACCCAGGCUGGCUUGGGGGCUGAUGACUGGGUCCCAGAGCUAGAGCUCCCAUCCAGUCCCCAUGUCACCCAAGUCACCACGCCAGAGCCAGGCAUCUACCACGGAAUCUGCCUUCAGCUGAAUUUCACUGCCUCCUGGGGAGACUUGCACUACCUGGGGCUCACUGGCCUGGAAGUGGUGGGCAAGGAUGGCCAGGCGCUGCCCAUCCACCUGCACCAAAUCUCCGCCUCCCCCAGAGACUUAAAUGAGCUCCCCGAGUACUCUGACGACUCCCGGACCCUGGACAAGUUAAUUGAUGGCACCAACAUCACCAUGGAGGAUGAGCAUAUGUGGCUGAUCCCCUUCUCGCCGGGGCUGGAUCACGUGGUCACGAUCCGCCUUGACAGGGCCGAAAGCAUCGCAGGCCUGCGCUUCUGGAACUACAAUAAAUCUCCCGAGGACACCUAUCGCGGGGCCAAGAUUGUCCACGUCUCCCUGGACGGCCUGUGCGUCUCCCCACCAGAGGGCUUUCUCAUCCGGAAGGGGCCAGGAAACUGCCACUUUGAUUUUGCUCAAGAAAUCCUCUUCGUGGACUACCUACGGGCUCGGCUGCUGCCCCAGCCGGCCAGGAGGCUGGACAUGAAGAGCCUGGAGUGUGCGAGCAUGGACUACGAGGCGCCACUGAUGCCCUGUGGCUUCAUUUUCCAGUUUCAGCUUCUCACCAGCUGGGGCGACCCGUAUUACAUCGGCCUCACUGGCCUGGAGCUGUAUGACGAGCGGGGAGAAAAAAUCCCCUUGUCGGAAAACAAUAUUGCGGCCUUCCCUGACAGCGUGAACUCCCUGGAGGGCGUAGGUGGGGACGUCCGCACCCCGGACAAGCUCAUCGACCAAGUGAACGACACCAGUGAUGGCCGGCACAUGUGGCUGGCUCCCAUCCUGCCAGGCCUGGUGAACCGGGUUUAUGUGAUUUUCGAUCUGCCUACCACCGUGUCAAUGAUCAAACUGUGGAAUUAUGCGAAAACACCCCAUCGAGGGGUGAAGGAGUUUGGCCUCCUGGUGGAUGACCUGCUCGUGUACAACGGGAUCCUGGCCAUGGUGAGCCACCUGGUGGGGGGCAUCCUGCCCACGUGUGAGCCCACUGUGCCCUACCACACCAUCCUCUUCACCGAGGACAGGGACAUCCGCCACCAGGAAAAACAUACCACUAUCAGUAAUCAGGCCGAGGAUCAGGAUGUCCAGAUGAUGAAUGAAAACCAAAUCAUGACCAACGCGAAACGGAAGCAGAGCGUUGUUGACCCAGCCUUACGUCCCAAAACCUGCAUCAGCGAGAAGGAGAUGAGACGACGGCGCUGCUGAUGGGUGAAGAAGGGAGAGCUGGUCCUCCCACUGCACUGGGCUCUGUCACCAGCCCCACUUAGCACCCGUGUCCCUCACCCUCAGUCCCAGGAGCUGGAAGCGAACCACAGUGUUGAGGGGAGCCCGCUGGGGAGAGGGGACUCGGGAGGACAGCCCUGGAUCCUGCUGGAGUGACAGAUGGCUGUGGCUGCAGGGCACGGCAAUCCCCUGUAGUUCCAGAUUGGCUGCAGGGAGCCCGGGACACCUGCUUUCAUGCCUCUGCUGUGAGACCCAGCAAAGCAGGGCCCAUGACCACUUGGGCCUGGGCUGACCCUGACUCGGAGCAGGACAAUGACAGGGUGGGGAGGCCUCCCAAUCCAGCCUCAGAGGGCCCAGAGAAUGGCUGAGCAGGACAGUGGAAGACAAGACCCCAUCCCACAACUCUAGCAGGCAGGGCCGCCCAGGGAGACUCUGCCUUCAGAAACCUGAGCUUCAGCGGCCAACACCCCCAUUCUCCUGCACAUCCCUGUCUCAUUUUGGGACUGGUGGAGCUGGCUGAGAGGUUGGGGUCGUUUCCUGGUUACAUGGGUCCACAAGACCCUCUCUCAUCCCAGUAUAGGGGCCUCUCUCCUCUCAUUGGGCCUGAUAAGGGACUGGCCAAGGCUGUGCAUCCUGCAGAGGGAAGGAAGUCAGCUGGGCCACCCGCCAUCCACCCUGGCAAGAGCUGGGCCUGCUCUGGCAGGCCAGGGCAUCCUCUCUGUGCUGCUGCCAGGCCAGGAAGGAUGGGCGGGCGGCCAGCAGGCUGGCAGCUCCAGACCCCAGAGGGCCAGAAGAACCCACCGCAAUGCCCUCUGGGUGCAGGUGUUGGGGGAUGCCGAGGACACUCUCCCCAUCUCCUCCCACCCUUGAGCAGGCCCUCCCUGCACUCUCUGCCACAUGACCCUCCUGGUCUGAUGGAGGCUGUGCUCACUGACGCGGCUGCUUUCUGUCUAUGCCCCUGUGCCCUUGGAGGCAGGCAGUGAGGUGCUCCUUUCCCGGGCCCCCACCCCGUCUCCCUCUUCAGCCACUUCCCAGCGAGUUGGAAAUGUGCCUUGCACCCCCAGCCGAGUGAAGCCCAGAACGCAUCUAUUUCCAUCAAUGUAACAAGCUCGGAUCAGGGACCUAAUUGGUUUCCCAGUGGUGGGUAAUUUCUCAUUCCAAAUAUUAAUCCGUUGUUUUUCUGGCGCCCAGCCCAGCCCGCCGCAGUACUGUACUCGAGGUACGUUCCUAUGCAACCGAGAGCCCCGGCAAAUACUUCAUGAGCUUAGCAGCCUGGGCUCGAGCAGCUAUGCAAAUGCGCUUUUCAUCUGGCGUGCGGGGCUGAUGGGAAGAUAAGAAUUGUUUCUCCCGGAGAAAGAUCCAUCAUUUCUCCAGCUUCCAAGCCCCCGGCACCUCUGCUCAGCUCCCAGAUGUGACGAGCACCUCCCGCCGGGGGAGUCAGGGGCUGAUCAAUCCAGCUAUUGUACCCAAACCGGUGCCACCGCAUUAAAGGGAGCCCUGGCUGCUCCUUCCCCACUGAGAUGUGGGCACAGGUCGGAUUUGUCAGGGAGAUGGCACUAACACGACUCAAGCUCAGUCCCAGAACCUCAGCUGAUGUUUAUAAUAAUCGUAUGUACUGUGCAAUUUAGGAGGGGAAAAAAGGCUGUACAGGCGUUAACUCUAAAAUAAAUUUCUAUUUUUUUCCUCUUGCAAAAUUAAUAAAAGAUGUUACUGAGAAUAUAA